UGAACAGUUCCGAAAAAACGUUUGCACUGAUUUCGUGUACUGCUAGAGAGGCCGGCAGACAGGCCAGCUAAAGUGAGCAAAAGUUAAUAUAGCGGCAACGCAAUAGUAACGAACGCACAACAGUAGCAGCUAGCAAACAAACGACUUAAGCGACCAACUUCAUUCAGAAGCAAUAAAUCAAAGCUAGCUAAAGGCGAGCAGUUUGCUAUCGGAAAUAGCUUAGCGCAAAAUGACGCGACUGUUCGUAUUCGUGGCAGUACUCUAUAUAGGUGCAUGCGUGACGAACGCCAACCCUGUGCCAGAUUCCACGCCCACAAAAACAACACACAGUGACGACGAUGUGCAGAUUGUUAACUUUUCCAAUGAUAACGUCGGUGCCAAUGGCUAUAAUUUUGCUUUUGAGACCAGUGAUGGCGUAUCGCGUAAGGAAAUGGCCACAGUAAAAAAUGCCGGUUCGAUAUCGGUCGAGGGCACAGUCAGUUGGACAGGGCCAGAUGGCGUGCAGUAUACUCUGAAUUAUGUAGCCGAUGAGCAUGGCUUUCAGCCACAAGGUGCACAUUUGCCCGUGGGUCCAGAGCCAGCAACUUAAGUUUUAAUUAGGUUGAUAUGGCCUACAAUUCCAAACAUACGUAUAGUAUAUGAAAAUGAGUAAUAGAAUUUAAACGUAUUGUGAUUUUAAA